UCCUUCUUGGUCUCUUUUGAAAAGUUUGACGGAAGCUGAAAUUAUGGCCACAUCCAAGAAGAAGACUAGGAAGCUUCGUGGUCACGUCAGCCAUGGUCAUGGUCGCAUCGGUAAGCACCGCAAGCAUCCUGGCGGUCGCGGUAACGCAGGUGGAGAACAUCACCACAGAAUCAACAUGGACAAGUACCAUCCAGGAUAUUUUGGCAAACUUGGUAUGAGAAAUUAUCAUAUGAGGAAAAACAAAGACUUCUGCCCAGUUCUUAAUUUGGAUAAACUGUGGACAUUAGUGUCAGAGCAGUCAAGACUCAAAUAUGCAAAUGCCACUGAUGGUAAAGUCCCUGUGAUCAACAUUGUGAAAGCUGGAUACUACAAACUACUAGGGAAAGGCAAACUCCCCAAGCAACCAGUUAUUGUCAAAGCAAAAUUCUUUUCCAAAUCUGCUGAGAAAAAAAUAAAAUCUGUGGGUGGUGUGUGUGUACUAUCUGCAUAAGUAUAAAUAUAUUUAAAAAGAAAAAAAACAUUUUUUUAUUUUUUAUAAAAUUAAAUGAAUAAUAUUAGAAUACUGCUGAUAAACCUAGAUAAGAAAUUAAAACAUUUUUAGGACUAUCUGAAAGUGAUGGUAUAU